GGCUGAGUUAAAGGUGAAUGUUAAUAUAAAAAUUUUCCUUCAUAAUAGAGAAAUGAAUUGUCAAGUAAGACAUAUUGAAGGGACUUUUCCUGUGCUUCAGAUCGUAGAUGUAUCAUGUCAUCAAUAUUUGGAGAAAAAACAACUAUACAAACAUAGUACAAAAAGAAACUGUCGAUGAUAGGAUCAUCUAAAUUAUUGAAUUAAGAAAAUUUUUGAAAAAUAGAAGAAAAAUGAAUUCAAGUAUAAUAAAGAUGAAUGGGAAAUUGCCUCUUGGAAUUUUCAGAUAUACUUCCACAAGUAGUUCCGAUGUAUGUGGAGUGUACGAUCUGGUGGUCGUCGGGGGUGGAAUUGUCGGAUGUGCAACCGCAAGAGAAAUGAAAUCAAGACAUCCUAAUUUAAAAAUUGCAAUAGUAGAAAAAGAAAAUAAACUUGCGAUGCAUCAAACUGGUCAUAAUAGUGGGGUUGUUCAUGCCGGCAUUUACUACACACCCGGAAGUAUCAAGGCAAGACUUUGUGUGGAGGGAAUGAAACAUUCAUAUGACUACUUUUCUAAGCACGACAUCCCUUACAAGAAGGCAGGAAAGCUAAUUGUCGCAAGAAAUCAAAACGAAGUGGAAAAACUACACGAACUUUUUGAACGGGGUCAAAAAAAUAACGUACCAAAUUUGGAACUUGUGGAGAAAGAUUGUAUACAGAAAUACGAACCUAACUGCAAGGGGGAGAAGGCCAUUUGGUCACCAUGGACUGGAAUCGUAGACUGGGCCCUCGUUUGCCAACACUUUGCUGAUCAAUUCAAAGAAAUGGGUGGAGAUGUUUUUCUUAAUUUUGAAGUGACAGGUUUCACAGAAUGCACUGAAUCGAAAAGUUCCAUGGAGCACGCUCCCAUUUCUGUCACUUCGAAAAAUAAGACUCUAGUAUCAAAAUAUGUUUUGACUUGCGCUGGUCUACAUUCAGAUCGAUUGGCUGUAAUGACUGGCUGUGAUCUAAGUCCUCGAAUAAUCCCCUUUAGGGGAGAAUAUCUCAUGUUGAAUGACGACAAAAAGGAUAUCUGCUCAACUAACAUUUAUCCAGUCCCAGAUCCGCGAUUUCCGUUUUUAGGGGUCCACUUUACGCCCAGAAUGAGUGGAGACAUGUGGCUUGGUCCCAAUGCAGUUUUGGCAUUAGCUAGAGAAGGCUACAGUUGGAAGGAUAUUAACAUCAAAGACUGCAUCGAAAUGGCCAAGUUCCCAGGACUUUACAAACUUUGCUUCAAAUAUUUCGUGCCUGGAAUGAAGGAAAUGGUUAAGUCUAUUUUCUAUCAAUUAUCAGUCAAGGAAUGUCAAGAAUUCGUACCGGAAAUCACAGCCAAGGAUGUAAAAAGGGGUCCAGCGGGAGUCAGAGCUCAAGCAAUGGACAACAACGGAAACUUAGUGGACGAUUUUGUAUUCGACGAAGGAAAAGGAACUAUCGGAAGUAGAAUUGUUCAUGUUCGUAAUGCUCCAUCUCCAGCUGCAACAAGUUCAAUGUCAAUAGCAAAAUUUAUUUCCGAAAAAAUUGAAAAAGAAUUCAAAUUUUAAAUUUCACAUAUACCUUUUAUUUUAAAUGCUCAUAUAUUCUCAGAGAAGGACUAGUUUUUGUACAUAUAAUAAGCGCAUUCAAAGUGUUUGGAAAUUAAUAAUAAAAGCAUAGAAACUCAAAAAAUUAAAUUUCACACUCAGUCUAUAAGUACUCACACUACCUCAAAAGUUAAAAAAGUAUGUACAAUAAAAAUUACAUAUUUUUUUUCCGGAGAAUGUAAGUCUUUCACAAAAAUGCUUUCCAUUUUGUUCAUAUGUACACAUUGAUAUAAAUAAAUUUAUUCUACCUAA